AGAAUGACUGGACGGUUAGAGAGGACAUAAAACGCCUUUUCUAUGAUAAGUAUUCUUAAAACGUGGAACAAUUCGAAUCCUCCCUUUACUUUAUGACUACAUUAAAGUAAUAUAGGUUAUGCCUUCCAUAAUCUAUUCAUUCUGGAGUCUGCUGGUGUUCAAAGAGGUUCGAUUCUCUUCGAUGAGUUUCUCUUUAAUCAUGAGAUUUCGUGGGUAUAGACCCUCUCCGAUCUCUAAUUAACAUCUGUAUAUUGUUAUAGCAUUUGUCAGUAGUAAAUAAAACUUCUCUGUUAUAGCGAAACGGCCAUUUCUAUAGACGAAGGAGAAGUAACAGAAGAAGAGAUUCUCGAAAAUAUCAGAUUACAUAAAGAAUUAAUAGAAUCGAUUCGAUAUCAGCCAUGGAGAAUGAAAAAAAAGUACAAAUCAUUGAGACAAGCGAAGACGUAUGUGAAGAAACACGAAGGAGAAUUGAUGCAGAGCAAAAAGUCUGGAGAUAUCUUCACCAAAUAUACAAUCAUUUUAUCCAGAGGUUGGAACAAGUUUAAGAGAGAGGUUGCUAACUUGAUAGUUAUCCUUACACCAUGGGAAAUGAGAAUAAAAAGAAUAGAAAGUCAAUUCGGUUCGGUUGUUGCAUCGUAUUUCACUUUUCUUCGUUGGGUGUUUUGGGUCAACUUUUUUAUCACUAUUUUUGUCUGUUGUUUUCUCAUGGUUCCUGAGAUCCUAAGAGGUUUUAAUGACGAAACGGGUAUGCGAAAAAUCGCUAAAGAUGACGAAAUGGAAAACGAACCUAAUUUAAAUUCAGUGUGGAAUUUUGAAGGUUAUUUAAAAUACUCUCCGAUUUUCUACGGGUAUUAUGGAAAUCAAGAAAUGACUGACGAGGGAUAUAGAUUGCCAUUAGCAUACUUCCUAACGUCCCUUUGUGUUUACAUCUUCAGCUUUUUUGUCAUUCUCAGGAAAAUGGCAGAAAAUGCCCGCAUGAGUAAGUUAUCGGAGAAGGAAGACGAAUGUACAUUUGCUUGGAAGUUGUUUACUGGUUGGGAUUAUAUGAUCGGAAAUGCUGAAACGGCUUAUAACAAAACAGCGUCACUAGUUAUGGGAUUCAAAGAAUCAAUUUUAGAAGAAAAGGAAAAGAAAAAACAAGAUAAAAACUGGAAGCUGGUAACAUUUCGAGUUAUUGCGAAUUUUCUUGUAUUAAUUUUGUUAACAUCCAGUGCCUAUGCAAUAGUUUUAGUAGUAGAAAGAUCCGAACAACCAGAAGCCAAAGAAGGGAACUGGUGGAGGGAACACGAACUUCAAGUAGUUGUAAGCGGUAUAUCCAUUAUUUUUCCAAAUUUGUUUGAGAUGAUAGGAAUUAUUGAAAAGUAUCAUCCUCGUGUUCAACUCCGUUGGCAAUUAGCCAGAAUUCUAAUACUCAAUCUUCUAAAUUUAUAUACGUUAAUUUUUUCACUUUUCAAUCGUGUUAUAGGAAUGAUAAAAAUAUUAAACGAACUAAAAUCAAAUGUCACACUAACCAUGGAAACAAUGGAUGAAAAAAAAGCAAUUAUUGUUAAUAGUACUACUUUUUAUCAAGAGCCUCCUCUCGAGAGCCGUAACUUAGUGUUAAACCAUUACGAACCAAGCCAUUACGUUCAAGAUCAACAGAGUACAGAUUUUCAAAAUUGUACCUUGCGUAUCAUCCAAAACUGUACUUUAGCACUACUUAACAAAAUACAAACAACAACAUGGUUUACCGUCAACGCUACGGAUUUAUACGACGCUUUUAAUAAUACAUUUCCAUACGGAUUUGAUACUACAACUUAUUCUUAUAACGCUACUGAUGAUAACUCCAACUAUAAAUCUAUGGUUUUGAAUAUUGUUAACUUAACUUCACUCGGUAACUGGAGUUAUUCAGCAGAUACCAAUAUAGGAUUUCAACCUAUCUACAUAGAAAACAAUUCUAAUCCGUUCGAGAUGGGUGAUAGUUUUUGGAAAUUGCCAAUUAACACUAGUCAUCUAGGUUUAGAUGACGAAAACUUUACGGAAACCGUGAAGAAUAUAUUUGAUGAACCUUCCACUUCUACUAAAUUAUCCAUGGAUGAUGUUGCUACGUGGUUGCUGAAUUCUACUAUGUGGAACGGGACAGAAGAAUCACUCAUGACUACGGAAGGGGGAGAUCCCGAUAACUGUACAGUAUUUUUACGAAUUUGUCCAACUUCCAGCGAUACGCUCUCUCCGGAUUUUAAUUUUACUUUUAUUAAUUAUACAACUUUACAACCGAACGUGUCUGAAUGGAUAGAAGUGGAUGGGAAUGCCACCGAUUUGGAUAACGCGACAUUAACGACUCUCGAGACCACCGAAAGUCCCCAUAUUGUUUCAACUAUGUUGUCACCCUGUAAAAAGUGCACCGAUACCAAAGCAUCGAAGCGAGACGAUAUCCCAUCUUUCGAAUCUGUAAGGAAAAUGUCUGACGAAUUCAAAGAAGAAUUAAAAAAGAAUUGCUGGGAGACGAUGUUUGGUCAGGAAUUGGUUAAAUUAACUGUUUCUGAUCUGGUGAUGACAAUUGUGAGUACUUUAGUAACCGACUUUAUCCGUGCUGUUUUUGUUCGCUAUGCUAAUCAAUGUUGGUGUUGGGAUCUGGAAAAGGGAUUUCCGGGUUAUGGAGACUUUAAAAUUGCUGAAAAUAUUUUACAUCUUGUAAAUAAUCAAGGAUUAAUCUGGAUGGGCAUGUUUUUCUCACCGGGUCUUCCAGCUAUCAAUACAGUCAAAUUAUGUAUCUUGGUUUAUUUUCGUUGUUGGGUUGUCCUCACUUGCAAUAUUCCCCACGAAACUGUGUUUAAAGCUUCACGUUCUAACAAUUUUUAUUUUGCUCUUUUACUGAUUAUGCUCUUCCUCUGUACUUUGCCUGUGGGAUUUGCUGUUGUGUGGUUAGAUCCUUCGUGGCAUUGUGGACCUUUCAGUGAUUACUAUCGAAUUUAUGGAGUUUUCACUACUUAUUUGGAAUCAGUAUUCCCAAGUUGGCUAAACAAAAUUAUGGAAUAUGUUACUUCUCCGGGUGUUGUUAUACCUCUUUUACUGCUUCUUGUAUUAUGCAUCUAUUAUCUACUUUCUUUGACGGGAUCUCUUCGUGAAGCGAAUAAUGAUCUUAAAUUACAACUUAGAAGAGUAAGUAGAGAAUUUUCUCCAUUUAAAUAA